AUGAGCGGUCUGAUUUUUCUGAACUUUCUUGUGAUUUCAUCUCUUAGUUUAGUUCUUGGCCAGCAACAGUGUACUAGGCACUAUGAUUUACAGCCUAAUCGAGUGAUUAAUAUAAGUAGUGCUAAUUAUCCUUUGGCUUUGCCAAGUGGCAGUAACUGUCGGUUUCGGUUGAAGGCACCCAGGAAUCAUGUAAUCCAUUUAAAUUGUCGCUUUGAAGUGUUCCCUGAUACCUGUGGCUCCGAAUUCCUGUUCAUCUCACGGGAUGGCGACCUGCAAUUCCGCGAUGGCGAACGAUACUGCCGAAUGGGUCAGAUUACCAGGAUCUCCAACUAUCAGACCAUGGCCUUUGCCUAUUAUUCAAGCAGUUCAAGCACUCAGCAAAGAUCCAGGCUCAACUGUCAGGCUGUGGCACGUCCUGCGCCCUGUGACUGUGGUUGGUCCUUGCCGGAUCGCAUUGCCAAUGGUGUGGAGGCUGCCAAACAUGAGUUUCCCUCAAUGGUGGGUCUGAGGGAUUUGACCUCAAAUUUACCCAUUUUUUGUGGAGGCAGCAUUGUGAGUGAUCGAUUUAUAGUAACUGCUGCCCAUUGUACCGCCCGGCAACCGGUGGCCAGUCGCCUUUUGGCGCUCGUCGGAGAGCAUGAUCUAAGCAGGGCCACCGAAUCCAUUUAUACCGCCCAGCAUCGCAUUCAGAGUAUUUUUAAUCAUCCUGGUUAUAGGGAAACUGCAAACGGAGUUAAUAUCAAUGACAUAGCCUUGCUGUACACAGUGACUCCCAUCGAGUGGUCCCGGGGAGUGGCACCUAUUUGUCUGCCAGUGCGACAAGCAGAUAGCAACUUUAACUAUCAAAACGUGGAUAUUAUGGGCUGGGGCACUUUGGGCUUUGCCGCCUCCAAGUCGAAUACUCUGCAAAAGGCCACUUUGUUGACCAUGGAUAAUGCCGUCUGCAGGACCCAGUUCAACUCCAGCAUCUCUCCCAAUCAUCUGUGCACCUAUGAUUCCCGGGGAAGGGGGCAGGACUCAUGUCAGUAUGAUUCCGGUGGUCCGGUGAUCUUAAGGCAACGCGAACGUAUGUUCCAGUUGGGAGUGAUCAGCUUUGGAAGGAUCUGCGGUCAACCCUUUGGAAUUGGGGUCAACACAAGGAUCACAUCGCAUCUGAACUGGAUGUGGCGAUAUGUGGGCGGAGGAGUAUGUGUGAGAUAG